CCGCGCAGACAGCGCCCGCCCGUGCCGCAGCCGCCAGGCCCCCGCGCGCUGCCACCUGCCCCGGCCCCGAGCCCCACGCCACGAUGCGCGCGGCGCCCGCGCUGCCGCCGCUGCUGCUGCUGCUGCUGCUGUUGCUGCUGCCGCUGCUGCUGCUGCUGCGGCCGGCGCUGGCCCAGAACGACGAUCCCCAGCUUGUGGAACCACCAAAGAGCACGGCCACAUCUGCAGCCCCGGGUCAGGAAGUGACGGCAGCGCCCACGGCGGCCAGCACUGUUGCGGUGACCACGGCUGUUCCCAGCCCUGGCACUCAGACGGACAAGGAUGCCCCGGGCGCUGAGCCCGAUGGCACUGUGCAGCGCAGUCCCGAUCCAGGUGCCUCUGUGGCCCCAACCACAGUCAAAGGGAGCUCGGUGCCCGCCCCCGCCCCCAGCGACAGCACGUCCGUGGGAGCCCUAGUGGACACGGAGGCCACUGCAACCUCCGCCCAGCCCAGCCUGGUCGGGCUGCCCACGGUCAAAGCCACGGCCACCACCAGCAGCUCCCCCGUUGUCUCUGAUGCCGGUCCCCAGGGCCCAGACCCGGCUGUGCAGGCGUCCAGCCCGGUCCCCACUAAGCCGGCCCCCACCAGCGUCCAGGACGGGGCCCAGAGCUCAGCCACAGUCACUGCCCCGGAAGCGGGAGAGACAGAGACGUCGCCCCCCGCAGGAGUGAGCCACCCAGCCAGCACGGCCUCUGCGCCGCCCGCCUCCCCCAGCCCGGCUGCUGCCACGGACUCUGGGCCUCCUGGCAGCGUGCCCGAGGCUGGGGACCAGAGGACUGUGACGCCCAGUGGCCCCAGCCCUGCGGUGGGCUCCACCUCUGUGCCUGCAGGGUCGCCUUCUGCUGCAAGUACGGUGUCAUCGGAUGUGGUCCCGGGACAUGGGCCAGAUGCCAGCCGGCAGCCUAACAUCACUGAGACCCCAGCAUUGUCCUCAGGGAGCCCCUCCCUGGACACUGUGAGACCCACGGACACGUCCGCCAGUCCGGAGGCUAUGCCCUCCACGACGGCGCCUGCAGAUUCCAGCGCUCCCGUCACAUCAGCCACCCCCCACGAAAUCCACCCCUCUCCCACCUCAACUUCGGGGAGCCGCAGGGAUUUCUUCGAGAUACACUGUGACCCGCCGGAAAGGUUCUCAGAGAAGAUGCUGGUCCUGAACUUCACCAAAACGGGACUGUGUUCCGGGAGCCCUCCUGAUGACAAGCUGGCGACGCUUCUGUGCCAAGCGGCCAAAGCCACCUUCAACCCGGCGCACGACCAGUGCCACAUCUGGCUGGCCCCCGUUCCGGAAAUCCAGGCGUUGGCCGUCAAAGAGAUCACCAUUCAGACCAACCUCCUUCCCCAGGACGUGUACGAGUCGCUGAGAGACAAAUGGGAUGCCCUGAAGGAGGUGGGGGUCAGCAACAUGCAGCUGGGGGAGCUGGGCCCCCCCGAGGAGGCGGAGGACCGGUUCAGCAUGCCUCUCAUCAUCACCAUCAUCUGCAUGGCCUCCUUCCUGCUCCUCGUGGCCGCGCUCUACGGCUGCUGCCACCAGCGCCUCUCACAGAGGAAGGACCAGCAAAGGCUCACAGAGGAGCUGCAGACCGUAGAGAACGGGUACCAUGACAACCCCACCCUGGAAGUGAUGGAGACGUCCUCGGAGAUGCAGGAGAAGAAGGUGGUCAGCCUGAAUGGGGAGCUGGGGGACAGCUGGAUCGUGCCCCUGGACAACCUCACCAAGGACGACCUGGACGAGGAGGAGGACACGCACCUCUAAGCAUCGUGGACAGGGCCAGCGGGCUCCGCACCGAGCCACCUCAAGUGCCACUGGACAGGGGAGGGGACGCUUCCCCGAGUAGAGGGGCAGGCUGGGAGGGUCCCCACCCCCCAUCCCCACCCCGGUCCCCUCCGCCCCCCCGCGAGGCCUUAACUUUUCCCCUUUCUAGCUGAACAAAUCGCGUCUUGUCUCGGUUCCUCUUGUGAGAGCCUGUCUGGGCCAGGGCUCAGGCCCAGGCCCAGAUGAGCUUGGGGGCUCUGGGCUGACGGGUCGCGGCCUUUGGCAUCCUUGUAGCCUGGGGCCCACAGAGGGUGCCACCAGGGUCACACCGGGUGAUGACAGUCAGGAUGAACAUUGAAACCUUUGCAUUCCGUCCCGGGCGCAUUCCCAGGGGUCCUUACGUCUGCCCUGUCUCAGCCAUCCUGUCCCCUCCGUCCGUCUGUCCAUCAUGCCGUGGGCCCACCCUGGCCGGCGGGGGUCAGGGGGUGGGGGUUCACCUCCAACACCAUGCUCUGCCUUCCACUUUCCUCACAUUGUUCUGGGAUGAAGGGGACCUGGUUGUGGGGGGGAGGGGGCGGGAGGGGUGCACCGGUCAGUGAAGGGCGGGGAGGGGCCACCCUGGGAAUGGGUCCCUGUCCUUCACUCAAACCCAGGGGUGGCACCCCCAGGUCAGCAGCCAUCACGCAAGGGCUUGCUUGGCGGCUCAUGGCCCGGCCACUGGGGGUUGAAGAGGCAGCUCAGGGACACCCCCGGGCCCUGCACAGGAAGGGCCUCCGUUAGAGGAUGGUCUUCCUCCCGGCCCCCCAUGUCCGUAGAGACGGGGUCUGGACAGACAAUCGACAGGGCAGUGGGAAGGGCCUGGCUGUCCCAGUUCCCAGGGGCUCUCAGGGACAUGGCGGUUGGCUGAGGGUUUUGUCACUCAUUUUGUGGCCUGGGAGAGGCGUUUGUUUGCAGCUGAUUCCGGCUCUCCUGGGCUGUGGGGGGGGGGGGGGUGUGGGGGACCCUGGCGGUCUGCCAUCUGCCCCCCGUGGCCUUCCAUGGAGCUCGGCAGCUGUGUCCUCGCCUGGGUUUCAAGUGGAGCUGCCCAGCCAUCCGGGUGGCAUCUCAGGGAAACCAGAUCCCCUCUGCGCCCCCGACCCCCUUCCCCCGCCCCAUUCCUGAGGGUCUCGGCAGGGGGCCUGGGAGCCCCCAACCCAAGGUCCCGGGACCCAGGGCUCAGAGGGGCAGACAUGUAUGGAAAAUGAAAAUUUGGGCCUGGAGGCUGCACCCCGGCGGGCUCAGGCUCUGAGACUUUUGUUUCUCUGUGACGGUGGUCUGUGGCAUCCGCGUCUACUGCCGGCUGCCUGGAUGUCACGCGUCCCUGCCCACUUGUCCCUCUCGAGAGCAGCAAAUGUUUCGACUUGCUGGGUCUGGUGGGUGGACGUGGGGGGGGGCGGAUAUCUGCUUCCCCAGGGGAGAGCUGUUUGCUUUCUCCUACCCAGCUCUGGGUCACUCUGCCCAGUGGGUCUGCCCAGGGGGCCACAGUCCCUCCGGCCAGGCGUGUCGAGGCCGCAAGUCUGUCCCUGCCAAGAAGCAAAUCGAAAGUUGUGACCCUGGUGUCCUUGCGCGGGGAAAGAAGGGCAGUGGACAGGAAAGACAGUGCAUGGCCGUGGGGCUGUCCACAGGGAGCCCUAAGACAGCGUGGACUCUUUCAGGGGCGGCCUCUUGGGGGGGGCCCCUCAAGCCUUCGCGGGCCAUUUGGGACUCCUGCUCACGCUGGUCUUGCUAAAAAACCUUUUGCUGGCCCCACAUUGGAGAAGGCGCCCUCGGCCGGUGUCCUUGCUGGGUUGCUCUGAGCCUUGGGCUGGAAAGGGGAGGACACCAGGUCUUGAAGCCAGUCCCACCUACCGUGCAGUUUUUCAGAGGCAAAUGGGUUUCCCCAGGCUGCAGGCAAAGCCUGGAUGGACCCAGACCCGGGCCUGGGAGGCCUCCGAGGACCGCACACCCGAGCACGUCCCGCCCCGUCAGACGGGAUACGGGUUUGGUCCAGCCGAGACAUGAGUCCUUUCUCGCCCCUCUCAAUAAGGAAAGCAGGCAGAAAGUUUAUUCCAACCGUUUCUAGAGCUUUAUCCUUUUUUUUUUUUUGACAAUAUACUGGAGAAACUUGGAAACAUUACGUUCAAGCUGAGCUAUCUAUCUAUAUAUAUGUAUACAUGGUUCUGGGGAUAAUGUAAAUACAGUGGUCAUGCCCUGGUCCGCCCUGCACUGCUUUAAAUGAAUCUACUUGGAACAAGCCUUGUUGUUAGCUAGGGGAGACGGUUUCCUCCACCCCCACCCUCUCUCUGAUAGGAAUGUAAAUGUUUCUUUUACUAGAAAUGACAAGUUUGGGGCUGUGUGAUUUUUUUUUUUCCUUUUCUUUGAUGAACCAUGAAAUAUCAGGCAGACUGAGAUCGAGUCUCUGUCCAGCGGAUCUUAACCUGGAUUUUUGACCCCUGCUGCCCUGGCUCCAGGGAGAUUGUUUCAGCAACCACUACUUUUUACAGAAAAGGAACCAGAAGUCCAGAAAGAUAAGGGGACUUAGCCCAAAUCUGUCACCUAUGGUGACAGAAACAGGACUAAAACAUGGGGUGCAAACACAGUGCAGAGUGGGGUGCUGGCAGGGACACUGGCCCCAGGAUGGCUGGGUACCAUUGGACCCCAGGGAAGGGUCAGUGAGGGCCAGAGGACAGAAUCCUCUUUCUCUGUCCUGGUGGCCUCCCGUGGACAGGAGCCUCUGGGCCUGCGGACGUCCCUCCUGGGAGGGGUCAGGGCCCCAGUCUCCGUGGGGAGCAAGAGUGACCUUCAGUCCCUGCUGCUGGCUGGUAUGCCCAGGAGCUUGCAGGGGGACGCCCCGGCUGGACAUGAGGACGCUGGCCAGUGUGACAGAGUGAAUGUGGAGUCUGCCCAGCAUGUGUCUUAGUGGACAGGGGUCUGAAGUACACUGGAAUUUACUGAGAAACUUAUUUGUAAAGACUAAUUAUUGCCAUUUUCUUACGGAAAUAUAUUUUGGAAACUUGU